CAAGAGUCAGAGAAAGGACUUGCUGCAGAACACACGCAUUUGUGAAGUGGCAACCAUAAGAAAAUGUGCUUUUAAUAGUACUUAACAUCACAUAUUCAAAAACUGUCGUGAAUUUUUGUGUUUAAUAUUGAGUUUAUUGAUAAAGAAAGAUUUUUCUCAGAUCUUUCAACAUAGGCGUUCAUUAUGAAUAUUAUUAUUCUUAAUAUUCAUUACAAAAUUCAAAUUCUGCUGCUGACAAGCUUACUUUUAGGAAAAGUGGCAAAUUCUUUGCGUGAUGUAUAUGUCAUGGUCCCAAAUGCCGUCCGAAGAGGUGAUACUGCAUCGUUAAUUUGUCAUUAUGACCUCGAAGGUGAUGACCUGUACUCUGUCAACUGGUAUAAGGGUAGACAAGAGUUUUACGGAUAUACACCAAAAGAAAUGCCCACAAUGAAAAUUUUCAACAUUGCAGGAAUUGCAAUAAUUAAAUCCCUAUCCAACGAGAGCCAUAUUACUCUGGAGAAUGUUCAACUUAUAAGUUCUGGGAGAUACAGCUGUGAAGUUACCGUAGAUGCACCUUCUUUUCACACAUACAUUUCCUCGGCUGACAUGGAAGUAGUCGAGUUGCCACACCAUCGUCCUGCUAUUGUUGGAACUCGUCCAAAGUAUCGCGUUCGCGAUAGCGUACGUGCAAAUUGUACUUCAAGACUUUCUAAACCGGCAGCUAACUUGACAUGGAGUAUCAACAACUUGCCUGUUAAUCCAUCUUAUGUGAAAUAUCACAAACCUAUUAAACAUUACGAUAAUAAUUUGGAAACUGCUGUCACUGGAAUACAAUUUGUCAUAAACAAGCAUCACUUCAUUGAAGGAAAGCUAAAGCUAAAGUGUUUGGCGACAAUACAUGAUAUUUACAUUCAAUCUACAGAGAAGAGCUUAGAGGAAGAGAAACCCAAAAUUUAUACUACUAGAACAUCAAAUGUUAAUUACAUGAACUUCCAUCUCAAUUUACCUCAUGAUCAAUCUCCUACUGUCCAUAAUGCGGACUCAUUUGGACGGAAGAACAGCUAUGAAACUGAAUUUUAUGAGCCAGAAUCUUCACACAAUUCUGCGACACGAAACUUAAACUUCUGCUCUUCGUUUAGUUGUUCAAUGAUUGCAAUCAUUGCAAUAAUUCGUAGUUCAGUCAUUACACUAAAAUCCAUCAGUAUUUUUGCUGAGAUAUUAUUUUUCAAAAAAAAAACUUUAUCUCUGUAAAACCUGUCUUCUUUGAGCCAAAAUACAUUUUUGUACAUAUAUGUAUGUAUGUAGAAAAGCAAUUAAAAUCUAUUGAUCUUGUGCUGAAAAUACAGUCAUAAAAUUGAAAGUAAUCUAGAAAGGGUAUAGAAAACUUUAUCACUAAACUGUUGAACAUUUCAUGAAAAUAAAAAGCUCAAUUAAAUCAUUAAA